AUGCUCCGCCGCCGCACGGCCAAGGACGUCCCGCCUUCCGACUCGUCCCACAACCGUGCGUCUCGGCAUACUGAAGAGGACCGCCUCCGCGCCGAGUUUGGUGACGCGAAAGUCAAGCAGCUAGUCAUCAAGCCCCGGAGCAAACGUCGCAAUGGGUUGAUCUUCGCGUUGGGCGGCCUGUUUGGCAUCUUUAUCGCCCUGUUUUUCGCCAACCAGCAGGAGGUCAUCAGCCUGGACUCGCUCAUGGACUUGAACCUCGACUCGUUGAUUGACGCUAUUCCGCAAGGCAUUGUACGAGAUGCGAAGGAGUUCUCGCAACACGAACGCGAUGCCGUCAGCUACGAUUCAUUCUCCGUUGGACUCCAUCUUCAGUCCCAGGGCGUUGAGGCCAAACACCCCGUCGUGAUGAUCCCCGGCGUGAUUUCUACCGGUCUGGAGAGCUGGGGCACCGGGGCCAGCUCGCGGCAAUACUUCCGGCGGCGGCUAUGGGGUAGUUGGAGCAUGAUGCGUGCGCUGGUGAUGGACAAGGCGGAGUGGAAGAACCAUGUUAUGCUUGACCGCGAGACUGGCCUGGAUCCGCCAGGGAUCAAGCUCCGCGCAGCGCAAGGCUUCGACGCCACCGACUUCUUCAUCACAGGUUACUGGAUUUGGAACAAGAUUCUGGAGAAUCUGGCGACGAUCGGCUAUGAUCCAACUAAUGCAUUCACUGCCGCGUACGACUGGCGGCUGUCAUAUCUCAAUCUGGAGAUUCGAGACAAGUAUUUUAGUCGUCUUAAGUCUUAUAUUGAGACUGCGGUGCAGGUACAAGGCGAGAAAAUCACGCUGGCUUCGCAUAGCAUGGGCUCGCAGGUUGUGCUGUACUUCUUCAAAUGGGUGGAAAGCGAGGAACAUGGUAACGGCGGGAAGGACUGGGUCAAUCGGCACAUCGACUCAUGGGUUAAUAUUAGUGGCUGCAUGCUCGGCGCCGUCAAGGGGUUGACGGCCGUCUUGUCCGGGGAGAUGCGCGACACGGCGCAGCUGAACGCGUUUGCCGUUUAUGGGCUGGAGAAGUUCCUCUCUAAAGAGGAGCGCGCUGAGAUCUUCCGCGCCAUGCCCGGAAUUUCUAGCAUGCUGCCCAAGGGCGGCGAGGCCGUCUGGGGCAAUUCCACCUGGGCACCGGACGACCAGCCGGGCCAGUCUAUGACCUUUGGGAACCUAUUGAACUUCCACGAGACCAACUCCUCGUGGACGCGGCGCAACUUGACCACGUCUGAAAGCCUGCAGUACCUGCUGAAUCAGAGCGAGGACUGGUACCGCACGCAGGUGCUGAACAGUUACUCGCACGGGGUGGCACAUACGGCACGCGAGGUCGAGGCCAACGAAAAAGACCCGCGCAAGUGGCUCAACCCGCUGGAGGCGCGCCUGCCGCUCGCCCCGGACAUGAAGAUUUACUGUUUCUAUGGGGUUGGCAAACCUACUGAACGCAGCUAUUUCUACCAACAGGAACUCGACCCGCUGGUCAAUCUGAAUGUCAGCAUCGACACCACCGUCACCAACAAUGACGGCGUCGACCACGGCGUGGUCAUGGGCGAGGGUGACGGCACGGUGAAUCUACUGAGCACCGGGUACAUGUGCGCCAAGGGCUGGCAUAUCAAGCGCUACAACCCGGCGGGCGCCAAGAUCAAGGUCUUUGAGAUGCCGCACGAGCCGGACCGGUUCUCGCCGCGCGGCGGGCCCAACACUGGUGACCACGUCGACAUCCUCGGCCGCGCCUCGCUCAACGACCUCAUUCUCCGCGUCGCCGGUGGCAAAGGCGACCAGAUCGAGGAGACGUUUGUCUCCAACAUCCGCGAGUAUGCGGACCGUGUACAGAUCUUUGAAGAAUAG